AUGGCGGCCAUAACCCGCCUCUUAAAACCCUCACAUUUCUCAUCCACUUCCAUUUCUUUCAUGCGGAGGUCUCUAUCAACAGCUGCCGUUUCUGAAACCGCGAAGUCACCAUCGUACCCUCACAAUCCUCUCCCUUCGGGCGUAGAUCCCAGUGGUAGAAAUGUUCAGUGGGUCUUUCUGGGCUGCCCUGGUGUAGGAAAAGGCACGUACGCCAGUCGCCUCUCUACCCUCCUUGGUGUUCCACACAUCUCCACCGGCGAUCUCGUCCGCGAAGAACUUAAUUCCAGUGGCCCUCUCUCCCAACAACUAGCAGAGAUUGUAAACCAAGGGAAGUUGGUUUCAGAUGAGAUUAUAAUAAGCUUAUUGUCGAAGAGACUUGAGGCUGGAGAAGCUAAAGGUGAAUCAGGAUUUCUUCUCGAUGGUUUCCCACGAACAGUUAGACAAGCGGAAAUAUUAGAUGACGUGACGGACAUUGACUUGGUUAUUAAUCUCAAGCUCCCUGAAAACAUAUUGGUUGAGAAAUGCCUUGGCCGGAGGAUUUGCAACCAAUGUGGGAAAAAUUUCAAUGUGGCAUCCAUUAAUGCUAAGGGUGAGAAUGGGAGUCCUGGAAUCAGCAUGGCUCCACUUCUUCCCCCUUCGCACUGCAUCUCAAAGCUCAUCACUCGGGCUGAUGAUACUGAAGCUGUUGUGAAAGAACGACUUCGUGUAUACAAUGAUAAGAGUCUGCCAGUGGAGGAGUUCUACCGCACCCAAGGAAAAUUGCUGGAGUUUGAUCUGCCUGGAGGCAUCCCAGAAUCCUGGCCAAAAUUGCUGGAAGCUCUUAAUCUCGAUGUCCAUGAGGGCAAACAGUCUGCUGCAGCAUAG